UCAAAGCUCGGUGUUUAUAGGACGUCCUACGAAAGUAAACAAACACGACACCUAACCAAAACCUGACUGUUGGUAUAAAUGUUAUAAAUUAUAAUAGUGUCAUAAACUUAUAUACUGGUCGAUGCCUUGAUGUGUCUAUUCAAUUUUUAGAUAAUAAUACAAUAAAUAACAAAAAUUUAAGAAAGAAAUUGUCGAAGUAACUGGUCAUUAUUCGUAGCGGCCCUACAUCCUCUGUGGCGGCCUUCACUAGGCCAAAGUAUGCAGCCGGCCAGGGAUCGAGAAAAAUCCUCCAGCAAUGUGAAACCAAAUUACUCAUUAAAAUUUACAUUGGCUGGUCACACCAAGGCCGUGUCGUCAGUGAAGUUCAGUCCUAAUGGUGAAUGGCUCGCGAGCUCAUCUGCUGAUAAAUUGAUUAAAAUUUGGGGUGCUUAUGAUGGAAAGUUUGAAAAGUCUAUUGCUGGACACAAGUUAGGAAUCAGUGAUGUUAGUUGGUCAUCAGAUAGUCGUCUUUUAGUAUCUGCCUCUGAUGAUAAGACAUUAAAAGUUUGGGAAUUAAGUUCGUCAAAAUGUGUCAAGACACUUAAAGGCCAUAGUAACUAUGUUUUUUGUUGCAAUUUUAAUCCACAAUCAAAUCUGAUAGCUUCUGGAUCUUUUGAUGAAAGUGUACGAAUUUGGGAAGUAAAAAGUGGUAAGUGUCUGAAAACACUUCCUGCCCAUUCUGAUCCAGUUAGUGCUGUUCAUUUUAAUAGAGAUGGAUCCCUUGUGGUUUCUAGUAGUUACGAUGGUUUAUGUCGUAUUUGGGAUACUGCCAGUGGUCAAUGUUUAAAAACACUUAUCGACGAUGACAAUCCACCGGUUUCAUUCGUAAAAUUCUCACCUAAUGGAAAAUACAUCUUGGCAGCUACUCUUGAUAAUACUCUUAAAUUAUGGGAUUAUACUAAAGGCAAAUGUCUUAAAACUUAUGUUGGCCAUAAAAAUGAGAAAUACUGUAUAUUCGCGAAUUUUUCUGUGACAGGUGGAAAGUGGAUAGUUUCUGGAUCUGAAGAUAAUAUGGUAUAUAUUUGGAAUUUACAAUCUAAAGAAAUUGUACAGAAAUUACAAGGUCAUACAGGUAAUUUCAAUCUUGGUGAACUAUCUAACUUGCCUGCUAAUAUUCUGCACAUGUUGAUUGGAUUGCAAAUGGACAGUUUUUAA